CAUCAAUGACUUGGGCUGAUGCUGAGAUGAAUUGUCAGGCUCGAGGUGGACACCUUGCAUCAGUGCACAGAUUUGAUGAGUAUUACUUUAUUCAGGGAAUGAUAGUGAGGCAGACUGGAAUGUAUCCAAAAACAUGGCUUGGAGGUUCAGACGCACAACAGGAGAGAACUUGGCUGUGGAGUGAUGGUUCAUAUUAUAACUUUGGGUACUGGUGUCCAGGAGAGCCUAACAACCAAUAUGGCAAUCAGCACUGUUUGCAGAUGAACUUUGGUGAUCAAAAAUGCUGGGAUGAUUUGCAGUGUUAUUCCUACCUCCCAUUCGUCUGUGCAAAGACACUUGAAUCCUGCCUUGGCUGACGAGCCUGUCAAGAACUCCAUCU